AAAGGCAGUGCCGGUAAUCCUUCAUCGCUCGCAUCAGUGGGCAUCACAUAUUUGAGCUUCCCCGACAGGAGUACGAGUACACAUCGAGCUAUCCCGUAAAGCAGAGAAGAGUAACCUCAUCCCCUUCCUUCUUCAUCUCGCACCGCUCCUAGCGAACGCAAAAGAAAGAAAUUAGAACAAAGACGGAGGCACAAGCGAGCUCUGCUACGAAGCGCGAACACCAAGCCAUCAGCCGCGCCGCGUUCCGCCGUCCACGCCGCGCUUCCAGCCAUCCAGGGGACUGCGUCGUCGCCCACUCGGCCGUCCUUACUCUCUUAUUUUAACUCAAAAUGUCGAGAAGAUAUGAUAGCCGGACCACAAUCUUCUCCCCAGAAGGCCGUCUAUACCAGGUCGAAUAUGCAAUGGAGGCAAUUGGAAAUGCUGGAAGUGCCAUAGGCAUACUGUCCAAAGACGGAGUUGUUUUGGUUGGCGAAAAAAAGGUCACUUCCAAGCUUCUCCAGACCUCGACUUCCACAGAGAAGAUGUACAAGAUUGACGACCACCUGGCCUGUGCCGUUGCUGGAAUAAUGUCUGAUGCCAACAUCCUCAUCAACACAGCCAGGGUCCAGGCCCAGCGUUACACUUUUUCUUACCAAGAACCCAUGCCUGUCGAACAGCUUGUCCAGUCGCUCUGCGAUACCAAACAGGGUUACACCCAGUUUGGUGGUCUCCGUCCGUUUGGGGUUUCCUUCUUGUUUGCAGGCUGGGAUAAGAACUACGGCUUCCAGUUGUAUAUGAGUGACCCGAGUGGGAACUAUGGGGGCUGGAAGGCGGCUGCGAUUGGGGCAAACAACCAGGCAGCGCAGUCGAUGUUGAAGCAGGACUACAAGGAUGAGAUCACAAGGGAGGAGGCUGUUCAGCUUGCUCUUAAGGUGCUUAGCAAGACGAUGGAUAGCACUAGUCUUACCUCUGAGAAGCUUGAGCUGGCUGAGGUGUUCCUUUGUAAAGGUAAGGUUAAGUACCUCGUUCACUCACCCGAGUCGCUCGAUAAGUUGCUGGUGAAGCUUGGAUUGACCCAACCCACUCCGGAGACCUAAUUAACACGCUUCUUGCUUGCUGCAUAAGACUUCUUGAAUCAGUCUGCUCUUUAUUUUAUUUCCAGACCAAACUUGUGUGUUUUUAGAAGUUACUUCAUAACUUGUGUGAGAUUUUUUUUUUAUCGUCAUGUGUGGGAUUGUUGAUUCAAUCAGUAUUGCUGCUUUAUUUAAUCGGACGGCUGCUCUGUAAUAUAUGCCAGAUCAUGAAGUUCGAUGAUGUUUUAGAACAUCACAGAUAAUUCUGCAGGUGCUGCUCAAACAGUCAAACUUAUGGAUAAAUGAAAAUAAAUAAUGAUAUGAGAAUAACAUAAAUAUUGCUUCACAAAUGAUACAAUCCGUGAGAUCCAUCCAUAUGUUCUGUUCUUUACCUAAAGACCCAAAAUCACGGAUCAGGACCUCCUGG